CGUGAGGUGCUGCAUCUGUUGGAGGAGGCCAGAGCUGGUGUUAGAGGCGAAUGGAGUGAGAGGAACAAACGUGAACUGGUACGAGCUCUUCAGACCCAGCCCAGGAACCAGAAUUUGGAGCGUGUUCUCCGAGACCUGGUGACAGAGAAUGCUCAUAUCCAUUCCCGUGUGCAGGCCAAAGACAGGGAGAUUGCUCGGAAGGAUGAGGAAAGUGGGAGGGAGAAGCAAGCACUCAGACAAGUGCUGACAAGAAAGGAAGCAGAGCUUACAAGCAAGGAAGUUGACUUGGCUGAAACUUGGCAACAGUUGAUACAAAAGGAGGAACAGUUACAAACAAGUGAGACAGAGAAACAGAGAGUCCAACAGCAGUUGACAAGAAAGGAAGCAGAGCUGACAGGAAAGGAGGCAGAGGUGACGAGAAAGGAAGCAGAGGUGGCGAGGGCAGAGGAGACUAUCAGGAGAGGGCAGCAGCAGAUUCAAGAGAUGAAACAGAGAGAGGCUGAGUUGGUGCAGGCCAAGGACAGGGAGAUAGCUCUGCUUCAGCAGCAACUGGGGGAAAAGCACUCUUACACAUGUCAGGUCAGUGGACCUGGUCUAACAUCAGCCACAGUCAACCAACCAACACACGUCCUACUCCAACUAACUGACUCUAGUGGUAGACCAUACUCACUUCCACUGAAUGUCACCGCACAACUUGAGCUUGUUCCAAAAGGCACACUCACAAAUACACCCGAAGCCACACCCACUAGAUCAAGGUGGCCUUGGUCAAAGAAACAGCCAGAAAAAAAGAUAUUGGUUGCCAUGACGUCUCCUCCCAAUACGAGGUGUUGUACAGACCAGUCAAUCGAGGCCAACACAAACUCGAUGUUCAAGUCAACGACAGAGAAAUCAAUGGCAGCCCCUUCACUGUGACCGUGUACCCUGACCCCAGACAACUAGGCCACCCAGUGAGGACUGUGACUGGAUUAAACAAACAAUAUGGUAUUGCCUUCAACAGUCAUCAGGAGAUGAUUGUCACUGAACGUUGGGGUCAUAGAUUGUCUAUCUUUUGACAUCAGAGGACAGAAAAUUCGAAUAUUUGGAUCACGUGGUGACAGUCCAGAUAAGAUGGAAUACCCUGCAGGCAUAGCAACUGAUGAUACUGACAAUAUUUAUGUGAGCAGU